AUGCUGCCCAACAUUUCAAGUCUGUCGCGCGCCCAUCUUGCCAUCGUCAACACCAUCGACACUGGCAACAAACCGACCUCGUCCCCUUCGUGCUUCAUGUCCAAACCCGGAUCUGGGCCCAAGGGCAAGCCAGCGCCUGCAAAUGGCAAAGGCAAGCCCUUCAAGUCCAUCCCCAAGACCUCUGAUCUCCUCAACGCCAACCAGCAAGCCAAGGCGAGGGGCAAGGGAAGGGAGAAGGUCGUGCUCAAGGGCGUCCAUGACUUGAUCAAGAACGCCAACAAGCUGCCUGGAGCAGUCCAGGUCGAGCGCUUCGCCGAGGUCCGCGCCAUUGAGAUUCAAGCGCUCCAGAAUGCCGUCAAGCUGGCAGCAGCCCAGAGCAACUCGAGGGCGUUCCAGUCUCUCCCUCGACACCUCCGUCGCCGGGCGGCGAGCCAUAACCCCCGUCGCGUGCCCAAGCGAUUGCGGAGCCGCGCCAAAGCCGAGAUUGACUUGGGCGAUAACACCGCGCGCAUUCAUCGCAAGAAGGCCAAGCUCCGGGCACGUGGAAACUUGAGGGGAGAGAGUCGAACAGUGCAACUGCGCCGUCGGCAGAUUGACAAGCGAUGGCUUGCUACGCAUCUGUUUCACGCCAAGCGAUUCCACAUGAUCAACCUAUGGGGCUAUCGACUCCCUCUGAGCCCUACCCUCAAGUGCUUCCGGUCAUCGUAUCGCGCAGCCCGCCGAAAGGCGACCGUCCAGGACGUUAGCUUCUUCGGUACCGUGGAACUCCAGGGAGAUCGGUCACAGAUUCUUGCCGCCCUUGGCAAGGUGACCUCUGUCGAGGUCUUGUGGGAGCCUCGACUCCAACAGGCCGGUCUUCGGCGUGUCUGGAUUCGCAUUCAUCCUUCCAUCUUCGAUGAGGCUCUGACAGCUAUCCGCGAGGCGGUCGCCGAUGAACGAUCUGAGGUCCAGGCCAAGGAUCUCGGAGAUGCCCUCGAGUCGUUCGAGAUCAUGGGACCUUUGGCCGGACAUGCCUUGUCUCGAAUCCUCAGCCUCAGUGCACCAUCAAUAUCCGAGAAGAAGCGGCGCAACAUCGAGGUUCUCCUCGCAAUGGAUCCAGCGCAGAUCCCCGACGGCACAGUCAUUGGUUGCCAGGUUCAUGAUCCACGUCUUACCUUUCCCCAUUCGAGCGGCACGAGUGUCCCUCAACCCAGCUCCGCAGCCAUUGCCAAGGCCAUUCUGCCCUCUGACGAUGCUGUUCUUGCGUGGAGCGACUUGUGGAACGAGGAUCUUCGUGACCGCGUCUCCCGACCGGCUUACACCAAGGCCGAGCUUGACACCCGUCGCUACAAGAUGGCUACUCCUGGGUCUAAACUCCAGCCGACAUCAAAGGAUGAUCGCAUUCCCAUCAACUUGUUGAAGAGGACCAUCCAGUCGUCAGGACCGGAUGGCGCUUCAUCGGCAUUCCACGGCUUCACGCUGCUGAUCCCUAAGGGCUGGGCGAUGGCCUUCCUGCCCUCUUUCUUAUUCUGCCGAGCUCGUCACAUUGGUCUGCAAGAGCGUCGUGUCCAGUACCGGGAAGCAGGUGUCCCAUCUUUCCCCGAACACUGGGGUGCGAUUUGCGCGGCUGGCGCGGACUGGGAGCGGACACAAGCACAGGAAGCACAAACACGUUGGCUGCGCAAGCCCCCGGGAAAGCGACCGCAGUACUCUGCAUUGGGUACCCAGUACCCCUUCCGUCCAGAGUGGCCUGAGGUCCUCACAAGUGGCGCCGACGUCGCGGAGGAGUCGGCCAUGAACGGGGAAGAUGCGACCUGCCAGCCAUGGCUCUUCACAUCAGCGCUGUCGUCCUUCCUCCCGAAGCUCCGUCUGGCAAGCGACCAGCCUGCAUAUCUCCUCAAUCUAGUCAACACAUUCCGUCGUCGCCGCGGGAUGGAGCCCUUCCCGGAGUUUGAAGCUACUCGACUGUUCAACAAUGCCCUUGUUCACGUCGAAGUUAAUGCGACUGUGAAGGCUUGCUAUGGCGUCCCAUCUUCUUCUUCAUCGAGCAAGAAUGGAAACGGCGAGACAAGCGUCGUCGACUUGAAUGGAGACACGUCCAUGGCCGAGCCUACAGCUGCAUCGUCGGAUUCUCGAAGCGAAUGGCUUGUCGGAGAGCAGCUCGACAAGGCCUUGGCUGCCAACGGUGGGAACGACAAGAUCGAGGUCCGAUGGCCCUUCCUGAGCGAUUCCGAGCCCCAGGAUUGGGAGGGACGCGAGUUUGUCCUGGUCCAUGUCUACUCGCUGUUGAACAUCAAGCCCAGCAACAACACGCAUCCGCUUCUCCUUGUUCCCCCAUCGAACCCAUCAACACUGCCGCUGCCUGACCAGGCACUGUACUGCCAGAUGGCGUUUGAGAACCUCAACGCUCCCAUCUUCUCCCUCCUGCCGGCGCCUUUGGCGUCGCUGUACGCGCAGAAUGCCGUCACGGGCGCUGUCCUCCAUGUUGGACGCAAGUCCUCGGAAGUGGCCAUCGUGACAGAUUCUGUCGUGCGCUGGGAGUGCUCAACGUCUGUCGACAUUGGAGAGGCCGAUUGCGAAGAGUACCUCGAGAAGCUCUUGCUCAACGACAAGGUCCUCACCAACGAGCUCGCUACCGUCGCUGGUGUUUCGUCCUGGGAGCCUGGACAGAGGGAAAAGCUGGUCCGAGAAAUCCGCGAGUUCAUCUUUGCCGAGUGCACUGGUGACGAUAUUGAGGUCCCCGUCGCCAAGGGAGCUGCCAAGGCCGUUGUCGUCGCGGCAGUGCCCGAGACGGAGGACGAGGCCUUUGAUGUUGCCAAGAAGCUCACUGCCGAUGCUGUCCCCCAGCCGGCGGCUUCCAAUUCGCACAAGUCCAAGAAGGCUCAGGCAGCGGCUGCUGCGGCUGCCGCCUCCAAGGCGUCGGCUGCUGCUGAUGCUGCGGCAGCUGCCAUCGCCAACGACUUUAUUGCCGUGACCAUUCCGUCCCUCCCCGACAAGGAGAUUGCGGUUGGACCUGUCCGUCACCGUCUGUUCGAGAGCUCGUCCUUGACGAUCUUUGAGCGCCUCCAAAUCUGGGACGGCAUCGCGGUUGUGGGCGACAUUGCCCGCUUCAAGUCUUUCCCUGUUGCUCUCGCAACCUAUCUCUCUCCAUUCCUGUUGAGCAGCACCGACUUGCCAUCGGAUUCCCAAGCCGACCGUGUCAGAUUGCUGAGCAUUCCUGAAUACAUUGCCAACUUCAAGGGAGCGACGUCCGAGGUGGCGCCGUUCUUGGGAGCGUCGAUGGUUGCGAAGCGAGGGCUCUCGCUCGGUGGCCUCGGUGUCGCGUCCAUUAGCGUUGGUCUGGGCGGAAAGAGUUUGAUUGAGCUGUGUCGCCCCCUCGCAUACCAUGUCAACACUGCCCUGCCGCCGCACUCGUUCCGGAGCGGAGACCCCGUCCGGAUCGAAGAGCAUGUCGCCACCUCUGGAGGCAAGAGCAAGUCCAAGGCGAAGAGCGAUGAGUCAGUCGGGCUGGAAGGGGUGGUAUCCAAAGUGACCCCCGAACGGGUCGUCGUCGCCGUCAGCGAAGGCAAGGAUGUAGACCUGCCCGAGAGGCUAAGAUUGUUGAAGCUCGCCAACUCAGCAACCUUUGACCGCAUGUCGCGUACCCUCAAGCACUUGGAGCGCAUCAUCCUGCCCGAGGAGGCUGUUGGCGGGGACAACAGCGCUGCCGACACCAAGGUGCCGACGAACGCCAACAUCCCUCUGAUCCAAUCUUUGCUGGGCAUGCAGCAACCUACCUGGAGCGACCACGUUCCACGGCCAAUCUCGGCACUGCCAGAGGACGACCCUGCCAUACGCUGGUUUGGUGACCGGCUGAACAAUAGUCAGAAGGAGGCGAUCGAUUUCUGUCUUCGAGCGGACCAGGUUGCGUGCAUUCAUGGGCCUCCGGGGACGGGAAAGACGCAUACCCUCGUCGAGCUCAUCUUUCAGCUCCUUGCUCGGCCGGCAGCAGAGGGUACCACGCAGCCACCACGCAUCCUGGUGACUACCCCGUCCAACUUGGCACUCGAUAACCUGCUCCUUCGCCUUCACGCCUUGUCUCAGCAAGCCCCGUACUCGACUCUCCUACCACCAGGUUCUAUUCUGCGUCUCGGCCACCCGACUCGCGUCCACCGCGACCUCCUACAUGAGACUCUUGACUGGCGGGCUACGAAUAGCGAUGGCGGAGAGCUCGUUCGCGACAUUGGCAAGGAGAUCAACGGCCACUUGGGCGACCUGGGGAGGAAGCGUGGUGAGAAGGGUGCUGUCAAGGGACGAGAGCGUGGCAAGAAGUGGGAGGAGGUGCGCGAGCUCCGAAAAGAGUAUCGCCAGCGCGAGGCCAAAGUCGUCACGAACGUACUCAACAACUUGGCGUUUGAUAUCGCCAUCGUGGAUGAAGCUACACAGGCAAUCGAGGCGGUCUGCUGGGUGCCUAUUCUCAAGGCGAAGAAGCUCAUUCUCGCUGGUGAUCCUCAGCAGCUUCCUCCGACUAUUCUGGCAAAGCCUGAGAAUGCGUCAAAGACGAAGAAGGCUCAACAGAGCAAUGGCAAGGCCGGGGCAGCGGGAGGCGCGACUUCCAAGGAGGCCGAGGUUCAGUCAAAGUCGGAUGCUGAAGCCACGGCCUCUCAAGCGGAUGCCCCGGUGCCCAAGGACGACAAGAAUGUCAAGGGGCAAACACGUCUGCGCCCCCCUCGAACCCUUGAAACCACUCUGUUUGAUCGACUUGAGAGGCUCUACGGGGCUGGAAUCAAGAAGGUCCUCAAGGUGCAAUAUCGUAUGAACAAGAACAUUGCUGCCUUCCCAGCGACCACGCUGUACAACGACGAACUAUUCUCAGACCCAUCCGUCGCCGACCACACCCUUCUGGAUCUCCCCACGAUUGUCAACCCAUCGAGUGAAGACUCACAGGAUUUAUUGAGUCACACUGUCGUCUUCUUCGACACCGCCGGGUGCGAGUUCUUUGAGCGCACGGACGGGGACUCGAAGGGCUCGAUCGGUGAGGGAAGCAAGAGCAAUGAUAAUGAGGCUACGAUUGUGGCGAAGUGGGCACGCAAGCUGGUGGCAUCCGGCGUCCCACCGUCUGAAGUGGGCAUCGUCACACCAUACCAGGCGCAGGUGUCGCUCAUCUCAUCUGCAUUGCAAGAGGAGUUCCCCGAUAUGACGAUUGGAAGUGUCGACGGUCUGCAAGGCCAGGAACGUGAUUCUGGUGCGUUCCAAUGA